AUGCUGCGUAUACCAAGAGCAAUUGGAGUACUAGCCAAAGCGCCUUUAAGAGCUUAUGGAGGAGAAGUUCUGUGUAAGUUUAAAUUAGAUGAUGCGCAAGCACAUGCUGAGCAUGGCAAACAUUACCAACCUCAGCCUUCUAAAGAAUUGGUAAUUGUUACUUAGUUAGAGGCAAUUACAGAAUUUAAAGACUUCCUAGCGGCAUUGCCUAGGAGAAAUUAUGAGCCUGUACUAGAUGAACUCUUAGAACGCAGCAAGAAAGGAAUCCUUUAA